GCUGUACUUUACACAUCAGCAGAGACGCCGCUGACGAACCGUUUUCUGACUGAACUAAAAACACGGUGUACAGUUCAGAAAGAGAGAAUUAAAACGGAGCAUUAGCUCGUCGUACCUGUCCCGCUAAACCGCGCCCACUUCGUCAUUCGAUCAGAUUGCCUAAUAUAUCCCGUUUCUAUGGCAGCACUCCGGAAAUGAGGAGGCUGUUUUUGUGUGGAUGCGGGAGGCAGGUGCGGGUCACAGAUGCAGCUACAGAGGCGCCGCGGUCGCUCUGAAGCAAGACAUCAAUAAAAAUGACCAUUUCGACAUUCCAGAAGCUCACUAUAGUGUCCUGCGUGGUGUUGUGCGUCGCGCUUCUGCUGCCUAAAAUGCUUUUAUCGCGAGGAAAGAGAGACACGCCGCACACCGAAGGGCCCGCAGGUCAUUUUCCUCCCAUGCCACACAGACCGCCUGCGUCCGAGGAGCAGCGGCGCUCCGGCCGGCACUUCUCCAGAGCUCACAACACCGAAGCCAUCGCCCGGGCCAAAGGAGCCGGCGCUGGCGCCAGCGCCGGAGGAAAGUCCAACCUGGCGGGACAGAUCAUUCCCAUCUACGGCUUCGGGAUCUUGCUGUACAUCCUCUACAUCCUGUUUAAGAUCACGUCCAAAGGCAAAACAGCGAAACCUCCGGAGAGCCGGUUCACUGCUGUCAGAUCAGAGAACAUGAAGAGGAAAAUAACUGAUUUUGAGUUGGCUCAGCUGCAGGACAGACUGAAUGAGACGAAGGACGUGAUCGAGAGAAUCAUUUCUGCGGCCAGCGCCGACUCAGACAGUGAUGGAGGAGCGGUGGCUGUGGACGAGGAGCAGAAGUUACUGUACCAGCUGCAGGAGAUCACACGCGUCAUGCAGGAGGGACGAUACGUGGACGCGGUCCCAGCAAACACAGACGACUCCUGCGGCCGCGAGUGGGACGAUCUUCCUGAGAAAGAGCCGAACGAGCAUUUCUGCUGUGUUCAUUCGCCUCACAUGAGCUCAGACGCGCAGAUGAGAGAGAGAGACGCUCACGAGACGAGUCCAGACAUCAGCCGUCCUGAUGAAGAGUCCGUCAGCGACCACGAUGAGAAGACAGAUGCCAACCGAAACACAAAGAUGGAGGACAUUGCAUGUGACUCCACCAGCCAGUCACAGCCAGAGACAGAAACUCAGACAGGAAGUGACAUCACACCCAGCCCGGUGUCAGAACACAGCAUCAUCAGGCGGAGAAACAAACAAUAACGCGUCGCGUUGCUGCGUGGAUGUCUUUCACCUUAUGUCGAGCUCUUCAAAUGUCUGUCGGUGGACGGUGUUUGUCAGACACACAGGAAAGAGCAGCUGUGUCAACAUAUCACACACGAUCACUUCCAAACAAUGGAGGCCCUUUACAGCUCUGAACGAAUGAGUAUGAACGAUCAAUAUCCUCUCUAUUGUACAGGAACCUCGGCCUGUGUUCACAAUGUAAACAAUAUGCAAACACGGAGGCAUUUCAGCUGCAUUUAGCACAAAACUUCUGAUCAUCCUGUAAACGGCAUCUGACAAACUUGUAUUUGAAUGAGAGAAAUAUUCAUUUGUGUUCAAAUGUCUUAUUAUUAGAUAGUCUGUAUUUUCAUAUAAUGUGCCACUUAAAGAAAACAACCCUUAAUGCACCACAAACUCAUUUAUAAGGUCUGCAAUAAAAGUUUUCCCCCACUUUUACACUCGUUUUCACAUGAUCACAGAAAGCUCUCUGACUGUAAUUCCAUGUUUUAGUUUUGUUUCUGCGCUUCUGAUUUCAGUAAACAUUGUGAUUGAUGCUUUUAUUGUUUAUGAUUUGUCCAUAUGCUCUUU